AUGGAGCUGUCCAAGUGUGUGAUGCUGUUGUUAGCGUGCGGUGUCUGCGCCUCGACAACGAAGGACGACGACACCUUCGUGGACAAGGGCGUCAGGGCGAUGUACAGGGUCUACGAGGACUGCCAGCAUCGCAACAUAGCUAUAUCGCCCUGUCUCAAGAAAAAGGCGAUCGCGUUCUUCGAGAGACUGGGCAGAAUGCAGAUACUACCGCUGUCCGAGAACUUCGAGCUGGUCAGGACCGCGGAUAUCGCUCCGAGUUCGGUGAACGACCUCGAGGCGAGGACCUCCAGCGGCAAGGACGAGAUUCUGAACGAGAUACUCUUCGACAGAGUAGCCUCGUUGCUGAAUAGUUUCAAUAUUCAGAUUCGUCUGCCGAAAACCACACCAGGAGAGCUGAAGAGAGGCAUGGAGGAGGGCCGAGGCAAGAUGAAGAAGAUGAUGGGCACGAUGAUGAUGGGAGUAGCCAUGAAAAUGAUGCUAAUGAUCCCGUUAGCACUUGGAGUGCUCUUCUUGAUAGCUGGCAAGGCACUCAUCGUCAGCAAGAUCGCUCUAGUUCUAUCUCUGAUCAUCGGACUGAAGAAGCUACUCAGCCAAAAGCAGAGCCACGAUCAUGGCGGAUGGCAGCAGGGAGGCGGAGGCUGGGACAGGAGUCUCAAGAUCGUUGCCGCAUCUACGACGCAGGCCUCGCGGGAUUACGCGCACAACUUGGCGUACUCGGCGAGACAUCAACGCUAGAACUUUUCAGGACUCGCGUGUUAUUUCGAAUUUUUAAGUGACAGCUGUAGCGGUGCGCGUGCAGAAUUUACU